AUGUCUGCCAACGAUUAUUACGGCAGUGGUAACGGUGGCUACGGCCAGCAGGGUGGUUAUCCUCAGCAGCAGAACUAUGGUCAACCUCAAGGCUAUCCUCAGCAGGGCGGCUAUCCCCAACAGCAGCAGUACUCCCAGCAACAACAGCCUCAGGGUUACGGGUACAGCCAGCAGCAGCCUCAAUACUCCUCCCACUCGCCUCAGCCCACCUACGGCUCGCAAGCUCCUCCCCAGCAGCAGUACGGCCAACAGCCCACCUACGACCAGCGCGGCUCAUCGUCCUAUCCCCAACAACAGCACAACAACCCUCAGUAUGGCGCCCCCGCUUAUCCCCAGGGCGGCGCUCCUGGACAAUACCCUCCCGGCCAGCCCGGCCCCGACGGUGAUCGUGGUCUCGGAGCUACUCUCGUUGGUGGAGGUGCCGCUGCUUGGGCUGCGCACACAGCCGGUGGUGGUCUUCUAAGCAGUCUCGGAGCUGCGGCUGCUGGUGCUAUCGGUGCCAAUGUGCUCGAGAACAAGUUCAAGAAGGGCAAGAAGGACAAGAAACACAAGAAGGAUAAGAAGCACAAGUCCCGCGGCAUGGACAGUAGCUCCAGCAGCAGCGAUUCUGACUAA